UAUUUCUCAAGCUAUUCACCUAACAUCAUCAAUACUGCUAAUAACGACAUCAUGCAAAAUCCAUCCGUAGUGUUGUACGGACCAAAGACCGCGAAGAUUCAAGACACCGCGAUACCGGAGUUGGUUGACGCUCACGAUGUGAUAGUCCGCAUCAACUACGUUGGGGUUUGCGGAAGCGAUGUUCACUUCUGGCACCACGGCGGCAUCGGCAAAAUGAUCAACCCUUCUACCGGCAUCGUGAUGGGACACGAAGCCUCAGGCACCAUUCACUCCGUCGGCUCAUCCGUCAAAAGCGUCAAACCCGGUGAUCGCGUAGCCAUCGAACCAGGCAUGCCUUGUCGCAUAUGCAAAGCGUGCAAAUCUGGAGUCUACAACAUGUGUCGCAGCAUGCGCUUCGCUGCCGCACCUGGUCCGCCUGACACGCAAGGCACACUGUCCAAGUACUUUCGGAGCGCGGAGGACUUUGUGUACAAGAUUCCUGAUCGAAUGGGUUUGGAUGAAGCGGUCCUUGUCGAACCGCUCGCUGUCGCUGUGCAUGCAGUCAAGCUGGCCGAUGUGCGACCUGGCGAAACGGUCGUGGUGAUGGGAAGUGGAACGAUUGGACUGUUUUGCGCGGCGGUUGCGCGUCAAUUCGGCGCGCAUCGCAUCAUUAUCGUCGAUAUCCUGGAGAAGAAGCUAGAGUUUGCAGCCGAUUACCUCAAGUGCGAGACUUUCUGCUCAUCGACCGAAGCAAGCCCAGAAGAUAAUGCCGAACAGCUACUUAGAACGUUCGAUCUCGUGGAGUCUGGCAUUGAUACCACUGGCGGCCUCGUAGAUACUGUUAUCGAAGCCUCCGGUGCAACUUCCAGCAUCGAUAUGGGUAUAAAUGUUGUGCAGCCAGGUGGCAAGUACGUUCAGACUGGUCUUGGAAAGCCGAAGAUUGAAUUUCCAAUUGUGGCUAUGAGUCAGAAGGAGCUCAUGGUGAGAGGGUGCUUCCGAUAUGGUGCUGGAGACUACGAGCUUGCUGUGCGGUUUUUGGAGAAGGGCGUGAUUGAUGUAAAGCCUCUGAUCAGUUCGAUCACGCCAUUUGAGAAGGCGACUGAGGCGUGGGAGAAGACGUCCAAGGGUGAGGGUAUCAAGAAUUUGAUCCAAGGUGUUCAGGAUUGA